UGUACUCUAGGAAGAACUGAGGAAGAUUUUACUGUGGGUUUACAGAUUCUCUAAGGGGAAGAAUGGCUCUGACAAAUGGCUCUUUGAUAACAGAAUUCAUUCUUUUGGGUUUAACAGAUAAUCCUGACCUCCAAAUACCCCUGUUCUUAGUUUUUCUAGUAAUGUAUAUGAUAACUGCCUUGGGGAACUUGACGUUGCUCUUUCUGAUUGUGCUGAACUCUCACCUUCACAGCCCCAUGUACUUUUUCCUCUUUAGCUUGUCUUUCAUAGACCUCUGUUAUUCUUCUGUUGUUACACCCAAGUUGCUAAUGAACUUCUUACUAGAGAAGAAUAUUAUUGGCUUUGCAGGAUGUAUGACUCAACUCUACUUCUUCUGUUUUUUUGUCAUUUCUGAAUGCUAUGUCCUGACAGCAAUGGCCUAUGAUCGCUAUGUGGCUAUCUGCAAUCCACUCAUGUAUAAUGUUGUCAUGUCUCCUAAGGUGUGCUCCUAUCUUAUGCUUGGUUCAUAUUUGAUGGGGUUUUCUGGUGCCAUGAUCCAUACAGGUUGCAUCCUGAACCUGACCUUCUGUGAUAGGAACAUCCUCAACCACUACUUCUGUGAUCUUCUGCCUUUGAUGCAGCUCUCCUGCACCAGCACCUACAUCAAUGAGAUAGAGAUUUUCAUUGUAGGGGGAAAAGAUAUCACUGUGCCUAGCAUAGUCAUCUUUAUCUCUUAUGGCUUCAUCCUCUCUAAUAUCCUCCAAAUAAAGUCCACUACAGGUAGGUCCAAAGCCUUCAGUACCUGCAGUUCCCACAUAAUUGCUGUUUCCCUGUUCUUUGGAUCAUGUGCAUUUAUGUAUCUAAAACCCUCCUCAGUUGGAUCUUUGAAUGAGGGGAAAGUAUCCUCUGUCUUCUAUACCAUUGUGGUCCCCAUGAUGAACCCUUUAAUCUACAGCCUGAGAAAUAAAGAUGUCAAAGUUGCCCUGAGAAAAACUUUAAGCAGGAGAAAGUCUUGGUGA